AUGCUAAUCUGCGCUGGCGAUUUGCACAAAAAAUUGGAUCCCGAACAAUUGUGGGAUAAAACUUUAGUUCAUACGAGAAAUCGCUGUGUAUGUUUAGUGCAAAUCGGCAGUCUUCGGUCACUUGUGCACUCACUGUCGAUGCCUGGAAAGACCGUUUGGACUCCGCUUUCGUAUAUAUUUAGUAUUAUAAAUAUACUGCCGAACUUGCACUGCGUGAGUAUCGAUACCUUGGCCUCCAGAAGUCGCGUGGAUAACGUGCAUGUAAAAUCAGUGCCAUCAUCGUUGCCCUGGUCAACUGCUUUGAUCCAGGGUAUUCAACAGGUGACCAGUGAUCAGCCCUUAGCUGUGGAAGAUACUCUUCUCAACACAUCGUUCACUGGAUUUCAAACUAUUCCAGUAACGAAAUUUCGCACCAGUGAAGCAACACUGCAGAUUCUUGAUACUGCCGCUCGGGCGUUCGAUGGAAAGUAG